UCUAGAAUGGUUUCUAACAUUUCACGACGUAAUCCUAAAUACUUUAUACUAUUUAAACAUUAUAUUAAUAGACAUUCCUAAUUUAAGUACGGAUUCAGAUGGAAGUGUAACGCUUAAUUUAUAAUUAAUUAAUGUAAAUAGUACCUACAUACCUGUUUCUUUAUUGCCGACGUUUCGACGUGGAUUGCACUAAGUGGUGAUCACGUCAGGACAGUUAAAAAAAAAAUACCUACCAUAUUCCACAUUUAAAAUUAAAAUCUAUAUGGAAUUGACAUGGAUCCAUUACUUUAUAUCUCGUUAUUAGUAAACACAUUUCAGUAUGUGGUUACAGUAACACGGCCUCAGGAUGGAUGUACAGGUGGAUAUGAUGUAAGAUGCCUAACUGUUAUCUAUUGUACGAAUAACUUAAAUAAUUUUGAAAGCUUUAUACAAACAAGAGACGAUGUAAUUAGAGUAGACGAUAAUGAUGGUUGUUCAAAUUUUAUCUACCAUUAUAAUCCUUAUCACGGCAAUACAAAUUAUUAUUCAAAAGUAUCUCUUGAAUUCAAAUAUAACGAAAUAGUUCACCAAGAUCCACUCACUGUUCCAAACGUUUAUCAGUUUUUAAUUGUAAGCCUUAAUCUUAGCGAUAAUGGUAAUAGUAUUUCACCCAGUUUUAUGCCAAUGGACAAUUUAAUGUAUUUGAAUAUGUCGAGAAACAACUUUAAUGUCGCAAAACUUUCAAACAAGUGGAUACUACCACUUUUAAGUGAAAUAGACAUGUCGUUUAAUUUAAUUAAAAUUAUAGAGGUUAAUGAAAUCGACGAGUUUCCUUAUAAAAAUCUAACCAAAUUAAAUUUAUCACAUAAUCUAUUAAGGGAAAUACCAGAUGCCACCUUUGAUUCAUUUAGUAAACUUACAUCAUUGGAUUUGUCAAAUAAUUACAUAUCGCAGCUAACUAUAGGGACAUUUGAAGGCGUAAAACACUUAAAAUACCUGGACCUUUCAAAUAACGAGGUAAGUAACAUUAACUCUUCAAUGUUCAGAUUUACUGACCUCACAACAUUAAACAUUAGCCAUAAUAAAAUUAGCACAAUAGAAAAAACAGAUUUUGCAUAUUUGAAGAAGUUGGUAUCAGUGGAUUUAAGUCACAAUUACAUUGUUAAUAUUGAAAAGAGCAUAUUUUGUAAUAUGAUUUUUUUAAAUACAAUAAAUAUAAACAAUAAUAAGAUAGAUUUAAUAGACCGAGAUACGUUUUUGAACAAUACUUUUUUGACUAAGAUUAAUAUUUCAAAUAAUAAACUUAAGACAUUACCCAAAGAUAUGUUUAAAGAUAAAAUUAUUUUUGAAUUCUCUAUCACAGGUAACAGUUUAGAGGGUUCUCUUGUAAAAGGCUUAUUUGAAGGUUUAAGACUUGUUUUGAAAUUAGAUUUAAGUUAUCAGCAAGUAACAUCUAUUGAAGAUUAUGCUUUCUUCGGCCUCGAAAAAAUAGAAGAACUAUUAUUAAACCAUAAUAACAUUGGAAUUUUAUCUGAAAAAAGUUUUAAAUCACUUCACAGUUUAGUACAUUUGGAUUUAUCAAACAAUAAAAUUACCAGCAUUGAGUUUAAUAAAGAAGAUUUAGUAAGUCUUCGUUCUCUCAUGCUACGCAACAAUUAUUUAACUCAAAUAAAAUAUGAAUAUUAUAGUCACUUGAACUCGCUUAGAGUUUUGGAUUUAUCCAAUAAUAAUAUAUCAUCAUUACAAUCUAAAGCAUUUAAGUCAUUACGUGAUCUAAUAAGUUUUGAAAUUCAUAACAAUCCUCUCAGCGGUGCGUUACAAGAAGGUACUUUUGAUGGAUUAAAUUCUUUACCAUCUCUAGAUAUUUCAGGAUCCCAGUUAACAAUUAUCAAAAAUGAAUCUUUUAAUGGAAUGUCACAAUUAAAAGAUCUCAAUAUUUCGCAUAGUAAUAUUAGUGCAGUAGAAUACAAUACAUUCUCGCAUACGGGUGCUGUAGAAUCAUUAGAUCUUUCUUAUAACGCGAUAGUAAAAUUUACUAUAAAUUCAACGGAAUUGAAAAAUCUACGGACUCUAUUUUUGAGUAAUAAUAGAAUAAAAUCAAUGUUUUCGUAUUCUUUUCAAGGAUUAGUUGGUCUGACUACAAUUAAUUUAGCACAUAAUGAAAUACAAAUUAUUGACAGCGGUUCCUUUUUUGAUCAGCCUAAAUUAAUGGAAUUAGAUCUGUCAUAUAAUUCAAAAUUAAAUUUCAAAACGUCCCUGAUUCAAAACAAUAAACAAUUAUACGAUUUAAAUUUAUCUGGUAUUCGUACAAAAAUAGAAUAUGAAAAUAAUGGAAACUCGCUUACGUUAAAAAAAUUAUAUAUAGCACAAUGUGAUAUUAAAAAUGUAACAAAGUUAAACUUGCAAUUAUUGCCUUAUAUUAAAUAUUUAGAUUUAAAUAAUAACACAAUCCAAAAAUUAGAUAGUCAUGCAUUUUCAAAAUUAAAUUACUUAAACAUAUUGGAUUUGAGUUAUAAUUUAAUCACGUAUAUACAACCUGGUUCAUUUAAGGAUAAUAUUCACUUACAGUGGCUUAAUAUUUCACACAACUCGUUAACCACACUCACGUAUGGUAUUUUAAGGGGGCUGAGUUACUUGAGUACAUUAGAUAUAUCAUAUAAUUAUAUUAAUGAUUUAGAAAGUGAAAGAUUUUACGAAGCUAAAAACCUGGAAAAGUUAAUAGUGGACCAUAAUGAAAUAAGUACGAUACCUGCGGAUGAUUUCAAUAGAACUAACUUAAAAACACUGAGCAUAGGCGAAAAUCCAAUACCUUGUGAUAUAAUAGUUAAUUUGAAGAAGAGCAGUAUAUCUUUUGAGGUAACUUCAAUUCGGUUUGAUAUAAAUAAUGAAAACUCACAUGGUAUUACUUGUAAAAAACGUAACGCAAUUACACAUACCACUUCAGAUCGUACUAUAAAUGAUAACAAAUUAUUAGAAAGCGAGAAAAUUUUAAACGAUAUAAGAGACAUUAUGUCAAAAGUGGCAAAUGAAAGAAAUACACAAUAUCCCAAAGAGACUAAUUUCAUUGAUUACUUAAAAAAUAUUACAGACAACAUCGAAAAGUCUAGUAAUGAUUUUGAAAAAAAAUUUACAUUAUUGACAAAUUAUUCCUCAGUUGUAUCAAGAGAGAGUAAUUAUACUAAUGUUUUAUUACAGAAAAUUUUAAAAGCAUUGAUUUUUAAUAAUACAUUUAAAAUAUCCCAGAUACCUCUGUCAAAAGACAAUGCAACAUUCGAUUCUAUUAUACUUUAUGUAAAUAAAAUAAAACAAGAUUUAGGAGAAGUUAUGGCUGUAGAGAAACAAAAUGUACUCGAUGAAUUGGAAAGUAAAAUAUCUUCCCUAAACUCACGUGUUCGGUCUGUAGAAUUAUUAUUAUCAUCGACAAAGCGACCUAGUAGCGAAAAAUUGGUAGUCAGUACAAAGCCAGUGGAAUCUACGAGUCAGCCAUGGUUUAUUGAAACUUGUGUUGCUUUGAUACUAAUAAUUAUAGUUAUAUAUAUUUUGUUUAAAUUUUAUAAAUCUAAUAUGUUUGUGAGGGCCAGAAGAACUUAUAGUUCACGUGAAUUGCCAGGAUCCAUGGAAAGUCCAAACUUGUAAAUGGAGAUUACUAUUUUUUUUUAAUAGUAAUAUAUUAUUUAUACUAUUUUAUUAUAUUUUUGUCAAUUUUAUGGUAGAUAAGGAAGGGUAAAUAAGGAAUUUUAUUAAUGGAAUGUAAGUUUUGGGAAUGGUAUUUAGGUAAACGAAAAUAAAUAAAAAAAUAUUUUAAUUUCUAUAAGAAUUGUAAAAAAUCAUUUAUAAUUUAAUUCCCGUAUAAUUAAAGUGUAAUAUUUAUAAUAUUACAAUUUAAAAUAGCAAUUAAAUCAUUAUUUUAUGUACGAGAUUUUUUUUUUGUAAAUUAUCAUUAUAAAUUCUUUAAGUAAUUUGACAAGAACAUUUAAUUGUUCUUAAUCAAUUAAGUAGCAUAUAAGAAAAUAAAUGUUCAAAAUCAUACAUUGGCAUGUAACAUGAUUUAUAAAAUAAUUUGUAAUAUUUUUUUUUAUGGUGAGACCUGAAUAUUAUCUGCGACCGCUUCGUCUUAGCUAUUAUUGAUUAGUUGUUUGCAUUGGGGGCUAUUGUCGGCGUUGCUUAGCUCGGAUGUGGCUUGCAUAGCCAAUGUUUUUAAUAAAGGUUCUUGCACGGAGCUGGCUUUAAUUAAUAAGUAAUAAUAAGGAUGCAUUGUAACACGAUGUUUUACAAUAAAUAUUUUAAAAAGUUA